AGGCGUGUUGGUGGGGUGAAAACUGCUGGUAUUGAGAAGCAAGGCAACCCCGCCAGGCUCAUACGUCGAGUCUCAUGCUGCGACAGAGGAUCCGAGAGCUGACGGUUUGCCCCGCACGGUACCUUUGUAUGAAAACCUGACAGGUGGCUGUAGGGAUCCAUCUUGGUUCAUGCGAUGCAAAGACCCAAAAAGCAAGCCGAGCGCAAUUCCGAACGGCGAGGCAGGGGAAAUAUGGAGAAGACGCAAAACUUGGCCAGGUCCACGGCGUAGACAGCAGCAUGCCAGCCACAGUCCGUACCGUCCGUUACAAGAUGCGAAAGCUGUGAUCAGGAAGAUGCGGACGUGGAAACAGAGGCUUGUCUCAUUGUUAUGCAUCGCGAGUGACGUCAAAUCUUCCGGCGAACUUGAAGAUGCUCGGAGCGGCAGACGGACGUUUCAAUAAUGCGGGACCCCCUUGGAAACUGAUUGUUGACGAUGCGGGAGCAU